UGCAACCUAGCACUGCUGCUGCUGCCUACGUAUUGCAGCGCGCUCGGGGCUGUGUGUGUGCACCGACUGGGCGCUGGUGUGCGUAUCGUACAUAUGUAAGAUACAGAUGAAGUCGGAGUUGAAUUGAAAAUGAAAUGGAAAUGAAAAUACAACCCACCUAUUUUUGUUUCAUUUCAAUGUUAUACGAUUAAGUGAUUCGUUCUCUAAUAUAUAUUUUUAAAACUGUUAUUUAUUAUUCGUGUGACUGCGGCGACGGUUUCUCGUGUGUUUCUCGGUGCUCCUCCGGUGCGCUCGGUGCUAGAAGAAGGUGCUUUUGGUUUUCGCCCUGCUGCUGCUACUUUCAAACUGUGCGAGGUGUGCAAUCCGGUGCGCUUUUGCUUGCUUGCUGCUGCUGUGUCUCUGCUCGGAACAACGGCGGCGGUCGCGACGACGACGGACUUGGAUUUGUUGCUAAAGAAGUUACAACAGUACGCGAAUUGGCAAGGCGUUUAGUGAUUUUUUUCCUCGAAAAGCAAAUCGAAUCGCGGGAACAAUACGAGAAAUACAAACAGACGUCGAUUUGUAGCCGUGUGUGGGGGAGGGUGAUUAAAACUCCCGAAAACCAGUUAGAGAUUCAGUCGUCACCACAAUUGGCAUUCGUUUGGGCGCCCACACACUCGACCGAAGUCGCAAACGGACCGCGGGUCAGUUCGAAACAAAUGCGGCGGAAAAGCGGUUUGACGAAAAGUGUGUGAAGAGAGGUGAUUUAGUUGUAAUUUUCUGGUGAUUAAAAUGUCGAGAAGAUAAAUUCACUUAGUGCAAACUUGAUUGGUGAAGAAAUUAACCCACGAAAAAAUUGAAAGAAAAUAUGAGAAAACAGUGCAGGGAAAUAUGAGAAAACAGUGCGGGAGACGUCGAAAUUAGAAGAUGCUGUUUCGAGAAAAAAGUGUUCAGUGAUUAUUUUCGGCGCUUGCAAGAUUAUUGACCACAGCGAUAAAGGUGUUGCGUGUACGCAAAGAUAUUAUGGACAGUGCAAUGGAUUCGGCAUCGACGGCCAGUGACCAUAGUAUUGCGUCGUCGAACGAUUCCCGGGGUCGGAACUUGUCUUCACCGGCGAUGCCCCAUACGCACAAUGGCAGCGGUCACACGCUGGACAAAACGCGAACUCCAACCCCGGUGAGUCCGAUCCAGCAGCACAACAGCCACGGAACAAGCCUGUCGCACGGAGCCGGCCGCCAAAUGGCCUCUAGUCCCCUGGGAGCAACCCCUCAGCAGAUGAUGAGUAUGCCCCAUCCGCUGAGUCCACCGCACGUGUCGACACCGAAUGCGAUGGCCAUGGUCGGAAUGCCACCCCGGAUGGCCGGGAAUUUGUCGCACAUUCCACCACACGGACUAGGACUGUUGAACUCCUUUAUGCACCAUGCGAGUCCGCUGGACCUGAUGGCCGCUGCUCAUCAUCAUGUACCUCCCCGGUCCUACAACAGUCCACCGCCGAUCUCCAGCUCCGAUCCUACGGCGAACGAGUGCAAACUGGUCGACUAUCGGGGCCAGAAAGUGGCCGCCUUCAUUAUUCAGGGCGAAACAAUGCUCUGUCUUCCGCAGGCUUUCGAGCUGUUCCUGAAGCAUCUGGUCGGUGGUCUCCACACAGUCUACACCAAGCUGAAAAGGCUGGACAUUGUGCCGCUGGUUUGCAACGUCGAACAGGUGCGGAUACUUCGGGGGCUCGGUGCCAUCCAACCCGGUGUCAACCGGUGCAAGCUGCUGGCCUGCAAGGACUUCGACGUUCUCUACCGCGACUGUACCACCGCCAGAUGCUUAUCGAUAAAACCACCCGAGAGCUCUAGGCCCGGCAGACCCCCGAAACGAGGCCCCGUCGGACUGUCGAUGCCGGCGACGCACAUGUCGCACCACCAUGCCGCCGCUGCUGCCUCCCAGAUCAAGAAGCACCGGCUGGACAACGGCGAGUUCGUGUACGAGAACGGACAUCUGAACGCCUCAUGGCUCACUGCCAUUACAGAUCUUCCGCGGCUGGACAAAUCCCCUCUACUGGCGAACGGUUACAACGCACCGCCCACGCACCUGAACCACAUCCCGUUCAUGCAGAUGAAUCCGCAUCCCGGCGGUGGCCACCCGCUGAUGAGUCCCGGUGUCAAUCCUCACGGAAUUCCCCGGCCGGAUGGAUCGAUCAUCAAAGGGCAGAACAUUCCCGGAAUGGAGGCUAUUGCUAGAGCUGCUUACGAAGACAUAGUCAAGCAUUUGGAGCGACUACGCGAGGAACGAGGCGACGAUCGAACUGUCAAUCUAGAGCAAAAGCCACGCGACCUGAGCUCCCAAAAUGCACCCCCUCCCGACUCACCGAACGGAGCAAGUCCGGUGCUAAACCUGUCGAAAUCCGGCGGCGAUCAGACCAGCGGUGGCGCCCCCAGCGAGCGGAGUAAUCAAAAUUCGCCCGAACCUUCGGUGCACGAAGAGGACGAAAACAUCAGCGAAGCAAACAUAUCGGACACCGAGGAACCGAACGAGAAAGAGGAAGACAUCAGUGAUUGCGAAAGGGACAUUUCAUCGCCGGUACCGGCGACGGUUCCGGUUUCCCAGGAGAUGGAAAGCCGCCAGCAGGCGCUCAACUAUUCCAGUCUGGCCGCUACGGCUGCUGCCGUAGCCGUCGGUAACGUCCCGACGGCCCAGGAUCCAACGCACUCGUCCACAGAAACGUUACUGCGGAACAUCCAAGGUCUGCUGAAGGUGGCGGCCGAUAAUGCCCGGCAACAGGAACGGCAGACCAGCUACGAGAAAGCCGAGCUUAAGAUGGACGUGAUCCGUGAGCGCGAAGUCAAAGAUUCGCUGGAACGUCAGUUGGCCGAUGAAAAGCGACUUCGAGGACUCUACCAAAAGCGUUUCAAGAAGGAGCGCCGGUUGCGGGUGCAGCUGAAGGAACGACUAGAUGCCGAGCGGAAGCGGCGCACUCAGCUGGAAGAGAUUAUCAAGGCUUCGGGAGCUCCGGCGGAAGCAUUACGGAUUAUCGCAGAAAACAUUAACAACGACCAGCAGCGCGAGAAGGAGCGAGAACGGGAACGUGAAGCCGAGCGGGAGCGCGAAAAAGAACGGGAAGCGGAACGCGAACGGGAAAAGCACCGUGACAAGGGUCGCGACGAUCGGGAUCGAAGCGAUUCCGAUCGGCUGCGGGAACGGGAGCUGGACCGGGAGCGGAGUCGAGAGCACGAACGGGACCGGGAUCGCGACAGAGGAUCCUCGGUCGAACGGUUCUCCAAGGAGGGCAGUCCGAUUAUAUCGCGGGCUGGUGUGAGUCAGGGCGUUUCGCCCCCGCAGCCGCACAUCCCCGAGGGGAAAGCGUGGAACUAUCCGGGGUUGGACAUCAUGGCCACCGGAGCAUUCUGGCAGAAUUAUUCCGAAUCCUUGGCUCAAGAGUUGGAACUCGAGCGCAAAGUGCGACAACAGGCCGCCGAAGGCGAAGGCGUCAAAGGACCACUCCAGGAUCGGUCCAAUUAUUACAAAAACUCUGUUCUUUACACCAGUGCCACUUAGUUCCAGCAAUUAUGGCUAAUCUUUCCAUCGCUCUCGAAAUCACCACCACAAGCAGCAGCAGCAGCAGCAGUAGCACUCGUUCUUCUUUUUCUACUUCCACUUCUUUGGAUGGGCCGGCAGCUCCUCUACCGGCAGGCAGGCACAACAACGCAUAGCAACGCUCGCUGUUUGCCUGGCCUACUACCAUCGGGUAAUCGAAUGUGCAGUUAUACUAAAAGUAAAGGAUACGAACGUGAACAAGCUAUUUGAUAUCACACCGAGGAAGAGCAAGAAAAAAUGAUACACCGUGCAAAUUGGAACACGUGCAGUCGAACGCGAUCUGCACCGUUGGCGAACAAGGACACACAGAUACACAGCUUUUUGAUUUAUAUGUCCUUCUAUCAGAGGAACAAUACGACAUUCGAACUGAAAAUAAAAAGAAAAAAACAAGUUUUUAAUGAUAGACAAAUCUGUACUUUAACCUGCAAAAAAAUAAUCAGAAGAAAAACUUAAAUCAAACAAACAACAGUCAGCAAAUGAAUCCAUUGUGAAAUAGUAUGCAGCAAGAUCUCAACACAAAACAAACACACACACACAUAGCUACACACAAACAUAUACUUUUAGUAAAAUAAUGGCUUUCACAGCUCAUGGCAAACGUGGAUCGAAAAUCAGUAUGUAAUAAUUUAGUUGUGGUCACUCGAUGUUAAGUAGAUAAAAUGAUGUAAAUCAGUCGUGGAAAUAUUGAGCAAAUUUAAAGCAGAAAAAAAAAGAAAGAAAAAAAAACAAGACAAAAGCGAAGCAAAAUAUUCUUAGUACAACUCUAACUUAGCACAAAUGAUUAUUUAAAUUACUUUGCCGUACUGGCAGUACACGAAGUGUUGUCAGCCAUAUAUUUUUCUUCAAUAAAUUAUUUGUAAUUAAAAUUAAACUUUCUUCGUUACAGUUGAAGCAAAACAACAAGCAGAAUAAACCUUGCAUGAUCUUUCUCAAAACGAAACCGUACUGUACUUUGUAAAUUAGUUACUGCUAGAAGUCAUAAUAACUAAAAUGAUAAAUAAACAGAAACAUAUUUAACGCAAACUUAGCAUUGUGAAUAUAAAUGAUAGUUUUUGUGUUUUUUGAAAGCAGAUAAGGGUUAAUUAGACACGUAAGCUCAUUCACGAAUGUCCGUUCAUGUCACACAAACGCAAACACAGAGACACACAUAGACAUACACGCACACACUCGAAAAGUACUUAGUAUUUUUCCAAGUUGAUUUCUUCCAGAUAAAAUUGGAAAUUUAUCCAAAUUGUUUUCUAUUGAGCGAGUAUUAAAAAAAACAGAGAGCACAAUCUAGUGAUAGUGAUUGUGUUCAGCUCCAUAAUUAAAUGAAAACUUCUAACAUUGAUGAGUAUUACUAAUAUACUACUUUCCAUUGGUUAAGUAGUUGGAUUUUAUUUUCUACUCGAGCACAAAAAAAAAACAAUUUCAUAUCUCCAUGAGUUUCUCUUCCGCAUUUAAAUGUGAACCAAAAUAGAGCGAGCUAGCAGAUCGUGACUUAUUUAUUAUUGCUUUAUGUAUUUUAUAUUAUUUCGAAGAAGCUAAAGCUGGUAAGCUGAGAGCAUCACACAGACACAGGCGUUAUUUAUCAGAGGAAAGGAAUAGAAGAUAGCAACACAUUGUAUCUAAACGCAUAAAAUAAUUAAACAAAUAAGUACAUAUGACAUAUGACAGACAUUCAAACCAAUACGAAGAAAAAAGAGAAGAAAGGAAAGUAAGAAAGGGUAGGCAUUUUUGGCUAAAUAAACAUAAUUACAAGUGGAAUGAAAAAGCUGCAUGUUCAGUAGCAAAGCUAGGCGAAUUUCGCGCCCAGCAGUAUUCGUUAAAUUAUUCGCAACGAAUAAUUUGUCUGUUUUAUUUAAUUUUAUCUUUUUGAUACGUACUCUUAGGGGCUUAUUGUUAAAACUGGUGAGCAGUCAAGUGCGAAAGCAAAAACAAUACAACAUGUCAACUUGGAAUGGUCGAAUGAAAAAAAAGGAGACACAGCAAGAAGUAAUUUUUUUAAAAGGUAAUAACUUAUGAUAAAUUAUGAGAUACACAACAAGAAAUGCUGUAAUAUUGAAUGCUCUGUGCUAUUAGAAUGGUCAAAUAAAAUACCAAAAAAUAUCUA